AUGGUUUCCUACAACGAAAUAAAAGCGUCCAACGCGCUCAUCAACGACGCCACGGCCCCACGCGUGGCCGUCUUCGUCGGUGGCACAUCCGGCAUCGGCAAACUCACAAUCAGGGCCCUCGUUGCGACAGGCGCCAGCGUGAGGAUCUACCUCGUCGGGCGUCAGAGUUCGCACGAGCGCACGAACCCUUUUAUCCAGGAACUGCACGCCAUGAAUCCCAAGGCCGAUAUCAUCUGGACCGAAGGCGAGGUCUCGCUCCUCGCCGAAACGAAACGCGUGUGCGAGGUAAUCAGAAGCAAAGAACGACACGUCGACUUGCUGUUCCUUACCGCGGGCUACGCACCGUUCGGCGCGCGCAGGGAGACAGCUGAGGGCUUGGAGAUCGCGCAGAGUCUGGGGUAUUACUCGCGGAUGCUCUUCAUCCUCCAUCUCCUUCCCCUCCUGGAGAACGCGGAAGCCCCUCGAGUCGUUGGCGUGCUGGCGGGCGGGAUGGAGUGGACGUCGAUCGAACUGGACGAUAUCGAACUGAAACAGCCGGGCAAUUUCGGUAUGAUAAAGGCGCAGAGGCAGCAAGUGAAUAUGAACUCGAUCAGUCUGGAGAGGUUAGCCGGCGAUAAUCCCCACGUGACCUUUGUCCAUUCGUGUCCGGGGUGGGUUAAUACCGGGAAUGUGUGGAGGGGGGUAGAUGAUCCAAAUUCCAUUAUGGCUUGGUUCGUCUGGCUUAUACUAGAGCCCCUGAUUGGCCUGUUUUCGUUCAGCGACGAGGAGUCAGGACAGAGACAUCUGUUUCAGUGUACCAGCGCUGCCUUUGGCGGUGGUGGCAUACCGUGGAAGGGCAAGGCGGGUGUCAACUCGCUGAACAAGCCGGGGAAUGGGCUCUUUCUUGUCAAUUACAAGUGCGACUGUACUCCGAAUGCGCGGGUCAUGUCUGUACUCCGAGAGAAGGCACAGGGAAGGAUUUGGGAUCAUACGCUGGAAGUUCUAGGGCCAUAUCUGCAAUGCUCAAGACGCUCCAACGCACGAAGAACCCAGUGUGGCCAAGACGACGUAGGCCAAGGUAGUCCGGACGCAGUUCCCAGAGCCCCAGACAGCGACCACAACUCUCCAACAGCAGCGCAACCACUCUCCACGUCCCCGUCGGGACGGCUCGACGGUGACGCUGCCAAACCAGAUGCCGCCGCCGCCGCCGCAGACAUCGGCAAGGGGAUCCCGAAGAAUCAAUGCGAGUACAGAAGGCUUUCUUGGAGGGUUGUAGAUCCAGCAACCGCUGGUCAUGGAGGUUGA